UUUCUCUCUAUUAAAGCAAAUGCUUCUCAACCUCAUUCAUAUCUUGUAGAAGCACUUAACACACAAACAGAAAAUAUCAAAGAUGAGAAAUUUUACAAACAGAAAACCACAUGCUGUGUUGACUCCAUAUCCAGCUCAAGGCCAUAUCAAUCCAUUGUUGAAACUAGCAAAACUUCUUCACCUUAGAGGCUUUCACAUAACCUUUGUCAACACUGAGUACAAUCACAAACGUUUGCUCAAAUCAAGAGGUCCUAAUUCUCUUAAUGGUUUCACUGACUUUAACUUUGAGACUAUACCAGAUGGUUUAACUCCAAUAGAAGGUGAUGGUGAUGUUAGUCAAGAUGUACCUUCUCUUAGUCAGUCUAUCAGAAAGAACUUCCUCAAACCUUUUUGUGAACUUCUUGCUAGACUUAAUGACUCUGCCAAUGAUGCUCUUAUUCCACCAGUUACUUGCUUAGUUUCUGAUUCUUGUAUGAGCUUUACUAUACAAGCUGCUGAAGAACUAUCACUCCCUAAUGUUCUCUAUUUUCCAGCCAGUGCAUGUUCUUUGAUGUGUAUUUUGCACUUUCGUUCCUUUGUAGAAAAAGGACUCACACCACUCAAAGAUGAGAGUUACCUGAGAAAUGGAUUUUUGGAAGCUAAAGUAGAAUGGAUUCCAGGUUUGAAGAACUUUCGAUUGAAGGACAUUGUUGCCUUUAUCAGAACAACAAAUCCAAAUGAUAUUAUGUUAGAAUUUCUCAUUGAAAUGGCAGAUAGAGUCAAUAGAGAAUCUACCAUUGUUUUGAAUACAUUCAAUGAGCUUGAGAGUGAUGUAAUAGAUGCUCUCUCUUCUAUGUUUCCUUCUCUAUACCCCAUUGGUCCUUUACCUUCAUUAUUAAAUCAAACACCACAAAAUCACUUGGCAUCAUUAGGUUGCAAUCUUUGGAAAGAAGAUACUAAGUGUCUUGAGUGGCUUGAAAGCAAGGAACCAAGGUCUAUUGUUUAUGUGAAUUUUGGAAGCAUUACAGUUAUGACUCAUGAGCAAGUGUUAGAGUUUGCAUGGGGUUUGGCUAAUAGCAAAAAACCAUUUUUGUGGAUCAUUAGGCCUGAUCUUGUGAUUGGUGGCUCUGUGGUUUUGUCAUCUGAGUUUGUGAAUGAAACUUCAGAUAGAGGCCUAAUAGCAAGUUGGUGUCCACAAGAGAAAGUUUUGAACCACCCUUCAAUUGGUGGAUUCUUGACUCAUUGUGGAUGGAAUUCAACCACUGAGAGCAUAUGUGCUGGAGUUCCAAUGUUGUGUUGGCCAGUCUUUGGUGAUCAGCCAACAAAUUGUAGAUUUAUUUGCAAUGAAUGGGAGAUUGGACUUGAAAUUGAUACUAAUGUGAAGAGAGAGGAAGUGGAGAAGUUGGUCAAUGAAUUGAUAGUUGGAGAGAAAGGAAAGAAGAUGAGGGAAAAGGCUAUGGAGUUGAAGAAUAAGGCAAUGGAGGACACAAGAGUUGGUGGUUGUUCAUAUAUGAACUUGGACAAAGUGAUUAAUGAGGUGUUGCUUAAACACAAUUAGAUAGAGUUAUAUUCUUUUCUGCAAUACAGAAUUGUACUAUUUCAUUGAUCAUCUUCUAUUCAAUGUAUUUCAUUGUCAAGCAAAAAUGAAUGGGCAACAUUUAGAAUUUUGAAGUGCUAUUUGUAUCUAAAAUUCUAUAAGUUACUACUAUUACUAUGCAUUCUACUUUUCACUAUGUAUUGUUUCAUUAUU